CGCUUAUCACAUGGUGCUGGAAGGGUCACAUGGAGAGGUGGAGAGUUAGCUGUACAGAGCUUUGGAGGAGCUGCCAUACCGUUCCUGUAAACUGAAUGUGUAUUUCUGAUGGCGUUUGUAACGGAGCAACAAAUCCAGAAGUUCCAUGAAGAUGGCUUCCUUGUCUUGGAAGAGUUUUUCACCACAGAAGAAUGUGAUGCUAUGAGGAAGCAGAUCCACAAGAUCAUAGCUGAUAUGGAAGUACCACCCCACUGUCGCACGGAGUUCUCCACAAAAGAGGAGCAGCAGCUCCAGGCUCAGGGCAGCACGGAUUAUUUUCUAACCAGUGGAGACAAGAUCCGAUUCUUCUUUGAGAAAGGAGUUUUUGAUAAGAAAGGUGAAUUUCUUGUUCCAAAGGAGAAAUCUGUAAACAAGAUUGGCCACGCUUUACAUGCAUAUGAUCCCAUCUUCAAGCAAAUGACUCAUUCCUCCAAAGUGCAGGAGUUAGGAAGAAAGUUGAGCCUUGAGAAACCAGUGGUUGUACAGAGCAUGUACAUCUUCAAGCAACCUGGCAUUGGUGGGGAAGUGACACCGCACCAGGAUGCCACAUUCCUGUACACAGAACCCUUGGGCAGGGUGUUGGGCCUCUGGAUUGCUCUGGAGGAUGCCACACAAGAGAAUGGGUGCUUAUGGUUCAUCCCUGGUUCUCACACCGGUGGUGUCACACGGCGAAUGGUACGAGCCCCACCAGGCUCUAUACCAUGUGUACAGUUCCUCGGUUCUGAGCAGCCUUAUGAAGACAGCCAGUUUAUUCCUGUGCCCAUCAGCAAAGGUGGGCUGAUUCUCAUCCAUGGAGAAGUUGUUCAUAGGAGUGAGCUGAACAGCUCCGAUUCAUCCCGCCAUGUAUACACCUUUCAUCUGAUGGAGGCCAAGGACACCAUCUGGAGUAGAGAGAACUGGCUCCAGCCAACUCCUGAGCUGCCUUUUCCAUCUCUUUACCUCUGAAGCUAAGGAGUAUUGUUUUCCUGACUGCCUUGACACUGCAAACAAAAGCAUGCUGUGUUGAUAUCUACAGAUGGGAAACUUAGAUCUGUGUCACACAGGAGUCAAAUAGUUAAUUGGAAAUAGUCCUCUCUCUCAGAUUACCUGUGCCUGUUCUCUUCAAUUUUCCUUUGAGAAAUGAGACAAUGUUUGUUUGCCUCCUGUCCAGGAAUGAGUUCAGCCAUUAUGCACUUCAGGAGGAUUUUCACCCAGAGCUGGCCAAUGCUGGUAUUAUUCAGCACAUGGUCUGUUAUAGUGGGCACAUCUACACAUGCAUUAAUGUGCCAUAAUUGGAACAAAUGUGCAGUAGCUCCAGCACACAUCUUUCAGAUGAUGCUAAUGUACAGUAGACUAAUUCUACUGUCCAGUAGCACAGCUUUCACUGUGACGUGCUAAUGUGCAGUAGAAUUAGUCUACUGUGCUUCUAGUGUCUCAUGUAGACAUGUCUGGCAUGUCCCUAUCAACUCUAAGAACAGUCAUUUAAGCCCUUGUUGAUGGGGAAUAUUUCCCUGGUCAUGUGAACAAAUCAUUGCAAGACCACUUUACUUCAACUGAGACCUGCUGCACUUUUUUUUUUAGGAGACUUAAAGUCUCACCAUUUUCCUCUUGUACAAGCCAAGCCAAGAAAAUUUCAGUUUUAGUUAGGCCACCUUCAUCAUGUUCUUCACAGCCAUCUAGUAUAACAGGAAUAGAAAUUAUAGGAUAUGGUUGUCUUCUAAAGAGAAGAAGCUUGGCUUACUUCAACGCUAAUAUUUAAAAAAAAAUCUUAUGGUGAGAUGAGCAAGA